CGGGGUCGAAGGUGCCCCCGCCCCCUGCGCUUCCCUCCGAAGGAGGCUAUACAUAGCGGGGCGCACGCCGGCGCUCAGUCGCAGACAGACGCCGAAGACAGGACCAACAACAGCAACUCAGGCGCCACUGCCAACUAACUGCAUCUCUCAGGGUGAAAAGACAAAACACAACAAGCCAAGAUGUGUGACGACGAUGUUGCGGCCCUCGUUGUUGACAACGGCUCCGGCAUGUGCAAGGCCGGCUUCGCCGGAGACGACGCUCCCCGCGCCGUCUUCCCAUCCAUCGUCGGUCGCCCCCGCCACCAGGGUGUGAUGGUCGGUAUGGGACAGAAGGACAGCUACGUCGGUGAUGAGGCCCAGUCCAAGAGAGGUAUCCUCACCCUCAAGUACCCCAUAGAGCACGGUAUCAUCACCAACUGGGAUGACAUGGAGAAGAUCUGGCACCACACCUUCUACAAUGAACUCCGCGUUGCCCCCGAGGAGCACCCCAUCCUGCUCACUGAGGCUCCCCUCAACCCCAAGGCUAACCGUGAAAAGAUGACCCAGAUCAUGUUUGAGACCUUCAACUGCCCCGCCAUGUACGUCGCCAUCCAGGCCGUGCUCUCCCUGUACGCCUCCGGUCGUACCACCGGUAUCGUCCUGGACUCUGGUGACGGUGUCUCCCACACUGUCCCCAUCUAUGAAGGUUAUGCCCUGCCCCACGCCAUCCUCCGUCUGGAUCUGGCUGGUCGCGAUCUUACCGACUACCUGAUGAAGAUCCUGACUGAGCGUGGUUACAGCUUUACCACCACCGCUGAGCGUGAAAUCGUUCGUGACAUCAAGGAGAAGCUCUGCUACGUCGCCCUGGACUUCGAGCAGGAAAUGGCCACCGCCGCCGCCUCCACCUCCCUCGAGAAGUCCUACGAGCUUCCCGACGGCCAGGUCAUCACCAUCGGUAACGAGAGGUUCCGCUGCCCAGAGGCCAUGUUCCAGCCUUCCUUCGUGGGCAUGGAAUCCUGCGGUAUUCACGAGACCGUCUACAACUCCAUCAUGAAGUGCGACGUCGACAUCCGCAAGGACCUGUACGCCAACACUGUCCUGUCCGGUGGUACCACCAUGUACCCCGGUAUCGCCGACAGGAUGCAGAAGGAGGUGACUGGCUUGGCGCCCUCCACCAUCAAGAUCAAGAUCAUCGCUCCCCCUGAGAGGAAGUACUCCGUAUGGAUCGGUGGCUCCAUCCUGGCGUCUCUGUCCACCUUCCAGACCAUGUGGAUCUCCAAGCAGGAAUACGACGAGUCCGGACCCGGCAUUGUUCACCGCAAGUGCUUCUAAACGUCAAAACACGAACUGCAAAUGUGUGCACUUCAAGUUCAAACUCCAGACGACAAUGAGCCUGCCCCGACAGGCGCUGGUUUUCUGAAACUUCUGCCUGUUCUUGUCGCGACAACGGGAGCAUGGAAUGGGCACCCCUCGAGGGGCUGCCACACACUGGGCAACACUGGGCGUCACGCCACCGUGUGCUAUCCAACCGGAAGUGGUGCGGGCCGCGGCGUCCGCACUGCCGGAAAGACAUGGGAAAUAGCAUUUCAUUCAUUUUUCUUUUUUCUUAACUUCUGUAUGUGUGCGUUCAAUAAUGUUUUAGAAACUCUGUUGUAUUUUGGUAUAUAUUUUGGUCCACAUCGAGGAACAGUCUGAGAUCGGUUUGCGAUUAUUUCUUUCUAUUAAACAAAGGGACUCAAUCAGUCA